AUGCCAGCAACAACAACAGCUACACCAGUUAUACUUCAAGAAACGCAACAAAAUCCAUUGCAAGCGUCAACACGUUUUUAUAUGUUACAGUCGGCACCUAUUAUUCCAGCCGUACCAAUUCUAAAUACAACAUAUAUUUAUCCACGAUAUGGUUUUGUACCAAAACCAGUUGAAACAUCUGUUACAAAAGAUGAAAUUGAAAAAUUACAAUCAACACAAAUAUUAGAAGUUACACAACCUGUUCAACAUGUAAUACAUCAUCAUGUUCAACCAUGUACAGUAAAAACAUGUCCUGGUUAUUGUGAAUUAUGUUAUCCAUGGACAGAACAUUCAACACAUCAACAUAUACAAACACGAUCAACAUCACCAAAACCUCAUGAACAUCAACGACAAUCUCGUCGUGAUGAAUUCGAACGUGAUGAAUUGGAUCAAACAUAUCCAUCAAAACAUGAAACGAUUGAUGAAAAAAUUCAACGUAUUCGACGUGAAUUACGUGAUAGUUCAUCACAAACACGUAAUCAAUCACCACCAAUUAUUGAACAUCAUAUACAUCAUAGACCACGUUCAACAUCACGUUCACGUAGUGCAUCAGCAACACGUCAACCAUGGCGUUCAUCAAAUCAAAAUGAUUAUACAUGGCGAGAUGCACAUUUACCAGCUUAUCGUGAAGCAACAUUAGCACGUAGUCAAACACCUGUAGACGAAUCUCGUACAUGGAAAGAAACAGCACAUGAACGUAGCCAUCAAAAUACACAAAAUUCAACAACAUAUCAUAGUAAAAAAGAUUUUAUUUAUCGACCAAAAUCUGAAUCUGAAACACGUAAAUGGUAUGUACAAUCAACAGGUAAAGAUCCUGAUCGUGAAGUACAUCAAGCAUUACGUGGUGGUACAACAUCAUAUAAAUAUAAUGGAUCAUCACCAUCUUAUUAUGAUAAACAUCAAAGUAAAACUUAUGAUCAUUCAUUUUAUUCAGAUGUACCAACAACAACAACAAGUAAAACACAUACAUUAAAAAAAAUUGAUUCAACACAACAUCAUAAUUUAUAUGCAUGUAAUGAACCAUGUUUACAUGUUGUACCUAAACAUGGUAGUACAUCAGAUCCACCUUAUAUGAAAAUUCUUAAUGCACCCGUAACAUAUCUUCAUUAA